AUGGUAUCGUCUAUGUCUGCCCCAAUUACAACCACACCUGCCGUUACAACAACCACAUCUUCCCCUAAUACAACCACAGCUGCCCCAACUACAACCACAGCUGCCGCAACAACAACCACAGCUGCCCCAUCAACCACAGCUUCCCCAACUACCACCACAGCUGCCGCUACGACAACCACAGCUGCCCUAACAACAACCACAUCUGCCCCUACUACAACCACAGCUGCCGCUCCAACAACCACAGCUGCCCCAACUACAACCACAGCUGCCCCAACAACAACCACAUCUGCCCCUACUACAACCACAGCUGCCCUAACAACCACCACAGCUGCUGCUACAACAACCACAGCUGCCCCAACUACAACCACAGCUGCUGCUACAACAACCACAGCUGCCCCAAAUAAAACCACAGCUGCCGCAGCAACAACCACAGCUGCCCCAUCAACCACAGCUUCCCCAACUACAACCACAGCUGCCGCUACAACAACCACAGCUGUUGCUACAACAACCACAGCUGCCGCUACAACAACCACAGCUGCCGCUCCAACAACCACAGCUGCCGUUACAACGACCACAUCUGCCCCAACUACAACUACAGCUGCCGUUACAACAACCACAUCUUCCCCUACUACAACCACAGCUGCCCCUAAAACCACCACAGUUGCUACAACAACCACAGCUGCCGCUACAACAACCACAGCUGCCGCUCCAACAACCACAGCUGCCGUUACAACGACCACAUCUGCCCCAACUACAACCACAGCUGCCGCUACAGCAACCGCAACUGCCCCUACUACAACCACAGCUACAACCACAGCUGCCGCUACAGCAACCACAGCUGCCCCAUCAACCACAGCUUCCCCAACUGCCACAUCUUCCCCUACUACAACCACAGCUGCCCCUACAACCACCACAAUUGCCCCUACUACAACCCCAGCUGCCCCAACAACAACAACAGCUGCCGCAACAACAACCACAGCUGCCCCAACUACAACCAUAGCUGCCGCUACAACAACCACAUCUGCCCCAACAACAACCACAGCUGCCGCAACAACAACCACAGCUGCCCCAACAACAACCACAGCUGCCGCUCCAACAACCACAGCUGCC